AUCAAUAUAAGGGACAUAUUGAGGCUGCGGGUGGUCAUGUAAAUUAUCUGAGCCCGCCAGGGAGAUAUGCCGCCCGGCACCCACCUGUAACAUCAAGGAGGCAGUAGGUACAUCUUCACUGGAUAAGGAGACCAUCGACACCAACCUUUCAAGAUGGCUCCGACUUUGGACUGGGGAAAGCUGAUGAAGGUUGAUCCAGACGGGCUUUCUUCUCAAGAAAAGUUAGCAGAGAAAAUGCUGAAGACGUUGUCACAAGUGAACGGCAGUGAUUUAAAAGGAGAAAGCAAUGAAAACCUGAUACAGCUUUUCCGACUCACACAGUCUCUAAUGAAGAUAAAAUCUCAGGAGGUUGAGGUUGUAUUAGAAGAAGCCGGGAAAGCGGGAGAAGAGCAAGUGAAGACUGAAAACCAGUUAAGAAACAAAAUGAAACAACUGGAAAAUGAAAUGGAGAUGGCACAGCUGUCCACGGGUACUAGAGAUUCACGUUUUUUACGAGAAGAAAUCCGUCAACUGGAGGAACAGCUGAGUCAAAGAGAGCGGGAACUGAAAGACUCAAGAAAAGAGCUGGAGAAGGAGAAACAAGUUAAUGAGCGACUUGCACUCAGAAAUGAAGAAAGUGAUAAUGAAAACAGCAAGCUUCGGCGUGAGAACGAACAACUGCGACAAGAUGUAAUAGACUACCAGAGGCAGCUUGACUCCCAAAAAGAAUCGCUUAUGUCACGUGGAGAGGGGCAGGACUACAAGACUCUCAUUUCACAAAAGAACAUGGAGCUUGUACAGUAUCUUGAUGAAAUUCAGAGCUUGAGUGAAGCUAAUGAACGAUUGGAAGCCCAGAACCAGGAAAUGACAAAGAAUUUGGAAGAAUCUGUCCAAGAAAUGGAGAAAAUGACUGAUGAGUACAGCAAAAUGAAGCUUAUGGUGCAGCACAGUGACAGUGUUAUGGACCAGCUGAGGAACGAGAGAGAACACCACAGACUUCAGGUUAUGGAGCUGACAGAACAGUUAAAAGCAAAGAAUGAAGAAGACGAUCCAGUUAUGGUGGCAGUAAAUAUGAAAGUGGAGGAAUGGAAGAGGAUUUUGGCAUCCAAGGAUGAAGAGGUAAUGGAGUAUCAACAAAUGGUGCACAACCUGAGGGAAAAGUUGAAAAUUGCAGAGUUGGAUGCAGAUAAGAGCAGUGUGCUAGCCCUGCAGCAGGGCUUGCAGGAGAGGGAUAAUCACAUCAAGUUGCUGACCGAACAAUUGGAGCAGCAUACUAAAGAGAUGGAAUCGCAUUUUCUUCACACCGAAGACCUAAAACAGCAAAUACAGACAGAAAAAGGUAACUUCAGUCAUGCACAGGCUAACCGUGCUGAGAGGCUUGAAGCAGUGGUGCAGCUCGCAGAGCAAAGACUUGCGGAAGCGGAACGGAUCGCAGAAUUGGCUGAGAAUGAUUCACGGCAGAAAGAUAAAGACCUAAUUGAUGCCAUUAGGAGAAUGAAAGAGUAUGAGGCGGGAAUUUACGGUCUAGAGGAAGCGGUUGCUGAAAUUAAAGACCUCAAGACCCUCCUAAAAAUACGGGAUCGUGAAACUGAGACCCUUACUACAGAUAUCAACAAACUAGAGCUAAAAAUAAAUGAUAUUCUUGAUGAAAAUGAAGAUCUCCGGGAACGUCUAGGACUUGAUCCCAAAACUGUCAUUUCCCUGACUGAAUUUAAAAAUGUGAAAACUCUCAAGCAGCAGCAGUACAGAGCUGAAAAUCAAGUUCUUUUACAGGAGAUUGAGAGACUAGAAGAGGAACGAGUUGAACUUAAAAAACAAGUUCGUAAGCUGGCUCAAGAAAAAGGAAAAAAAUCUGCAUCUCUUGGGUUGGCGGCUGAUGACUUGUCCUUGAAUCGGAGCUCCCUCACGGAAUUCACAUCAAAACAGAAAAAUUCCAGUUUAAUGUUGAUGGACAAUGCAGAAGAUAUUAGGGGAAAGAAUGAACAUUUGACAAAGCAACUGAAUGACAAGGAAAGAGAGCUGGAGCAAAGCAAAACCGUUCUGGCAGAACUAAAGUCGAAAUUGAAAGGACUCUCUGAAGAAAAUAAGCAGCUACAGCAAGGAAUGGGAGAAAUCUUACAAGCCAUCAAGGACUCUCAAAAGGACCCCAGCUUCAUAGGGAGUGAAGCAACUCUAGCCAUCCCUAGUUUAGAGAGACUGGUUCAUGCUUUCGAGUCAAAGAAUACCAGCGGCAUGUUUGAUGUCGGUGUACAUCUGAAAGCCCAGGUUGAUCAACUCACUGGUAGAAACGAGGAGAUAAGGCAAGAACUGAAAGGAUCGAGGAAAGAAGCUGCAAAUUUUUCAAACCUGUUGGCUAAAGCUAAUGAGAAGAUUUUACACCUUGAAAAUGAAGUCACACUUCUUCGUCAAUCAGAAGGCGCCAACAUUGUGUUCAAAGCUAUUAACCUUCCUGACGGAAUGUCUCUAUCGAGCACCAAUCUUAUCAGUUCUAUGAAUGAGUAUCUCUUGCAUCUUCUGCAGGAAGUAGAGUCUAAAGAAAAGUCACUUGUGAAACUGGAUGAGGCGCUAGAAGAAUACAAGAGAAAAUUUGCAGUGAUGCGUCAUCAACAGGGGCUCAUCUACAAGGAAUAUGAGAGUGAAAGAGAAUCUUUUCAGGUGGACAUAAAAAGACUGAAGGAAGAUAUUUCAAAAUUGGAAAGUGAAAAAGAACAGGACACAGUACAAGUAAAGGAAUAUACGAAUUUGCUAGAAGCACUCAAGAUGGAGCCAGAUGAGAUUAAAAAAUUGCUGGCAGAAAACUCCAGAAAAAUGACUGUUCUGCGCGUGAAUGAGAAGUCAUUGACCAGGAGGUACACCACAUUAAUGGAAAUGGAACAACAUUUGCGAAAAGAAAAUGACAAACUGAAGAGUGAAAUGUCUGAUAUGGAGGCUACGGUGGGAGAAAGAAUUGGCUAUCUGCAGAGAUAUAAGGAUAUUGCUGCUUUUAAAGUGACUUCUUUACAAAAAGCCUUGGAUGGCAGUGUUCCCUUAUCAGAGCUGGAAGCUGCUAACAAACAAUACAACGAUCUCACUUCCAAGUACAGGGACAUGCUGCAGAAGGAUAAUUUGCUUGUACAAAGGACUGCUAACCUAGAGCACUUAGAGCAUGAAAAUGCUUCACUGCAGUCGCAGAUCACUUCUUAUGUGAAAGAACUGGAAAUUACUAAAGAGAAACUCAACACUCUGGAGCAAGCCUGGGAACACGCCGGUGCACUCGGAGGUCAUUCUUCAAUGGAUAAAGCCAUGAAAGCCAUAACAAAUAAUGAAAUCAUUUCCAUUUCAAAGAAGAUAACCAUGUUGGAAAUGAAAGAGCUUAAUGAGCGGCAAAGAGCGGAGCAUUCCCAGAAGAUGUACGAACAUUUACGUAGCACAUUGAAGCAAGUGGAAGAUCGGAAUUUUGAACUUGAGUCCAAGUUUGCUGAGCUUACUAGAAUCAACCUUGACGCACAGAAGGUAGAACAAGCGUUACGGGAUGAGCUUGCAAACUGCGUAAGCAAAGAAGUGUCUGAUGCAGAACGGAGAAGAAUUAUGGAACUGGAAAAAAGCGAAGCAGAACUGUCAGUAGAGGUCUCAAAGUUACGCAAUCUUUCCGAUAUAGCCAAAGCUCAAGUCUCCACAUUAGUGUGUAGACAACAGUCAAGAGAAAAGGAAGUUGAGUCACUGCGGAGACAAGUUUUGGAUUUCCAGGAUCAAACUGAUGAAAAAGCAUUGAUUGCUAAAUUACACCAGCAGAUUGUAGCUCUCCAGAUCAGUGAAUCAACAGCUGUGGCAAAGUUAGAAGCCACCACAUCCAAACUUCAGAAAAUGGAGGCCUAUAGCUUACGUCUCGAACAGAAGAUUGAUGACAAAGAGCAGGCACUGUAUUAUGCCCGUCUAGAAGGAAGGAACCGGGCUAAGCACCUCCGUCAAACCAUUCAGACCUUGAGGAGACAGUUCAGUGGGGCUCUUCCAUUAGCCCAGCAGGAGAAGUUUUCAAAGACUCUAAUGGAGCUUCAGACUGACAAAUUAAAGACGGUUCAAGAAAUGCAAUUGGUUCAACAACAGCGCAGAGAGACGGAAACCCAUGCCCUCGAGCUAGCGCUGAAGCUGAAGGGUUUAGAGGAACUCAUCAGUACUCUUAAAGAUGCGAGGGGGGCACAGAAGGUAACAGAAUGGCAUCAGAAAAUGGAAGCAAUGCGUCUCCAGGACAUGAAAUUGACCCGUGAGUUAAACCAGAAGAAAGAAGAGAUUAAGUAUUUGAGUAACAUAAUCGCUGAACAGGAACGUACCAUCAAUAACUUGGAGGAAGAGCUUGUACUGCAACGCAAAUUUCAUGAGGAACGUCAAAUGUCCUGGGAUCAGAGAGAAGUAGAACUGGAACGCCAGCUUGAUAUGUAUGAGAAGCAGCAGCAUGACGUACUGGGCGCUGCUCGGAAGUUUGAAGAGGCCACAGGCGAGGUGCCAGAUUCCAGUCUACCACUACCUCAGCAACUUGAUAUAGCGCUGCGCAAAAUCAAAGAACAUGUGCGGACCAUCCUGGAAACCAAAGCUAUAUGUAAGACAAUGGAAGAGAAACUUCAAGAGAAGCAAGCUCUGCUCUGGACUGCCCAGCAAAAUGUGUUGAGCAGAGAUAAAGUGAUCAAUGAGCUGAGACUUCGCUUACCUGCGGUGGUAGACAGAGAAAAGCUUAUGUCUGACUUUAACCAACAAGAAGAAGAUUCUGAGAUGCGGCAAGCUUUGAAGGUCGCUCAUCAGACAAUUGAAAAUAUGCAAGCUCGGCUUAAUCAAAAAGAAGACAUCCUGAAGAAAUACCAGCAUCUUCUGGCUAAAGCUAGAGAGGAGCAGCAAGAGAGCGCAAAAAAGCACGCGGAGGAUCUCAAGGCGUUGCAUCAGAAGCUGGAUCUGCAUUCAGAUGCCUCCAUUACAAAAUUUAAAGAAGCCGCCCUGGAGUUGAUGAAGAAACCCACUCUGGAAGUCCCAUCAAGUUCUCAUCUAAUGCGUUUAGCAGAGAUGGAACAGACCGUAGCGGAACAAGACAUCUCAUUGUCUACCCUUUCCAACAAACUGAAGACAGUCACAGCAGAACUGGAGAGGCAGAAGCAAAGUCAUGUGGCCAAAAUGACUGAGCUAGAAAACAGUAAAGCCAGGCUUGAAGAGAAAUAUAUUUUAGAAGUGAAAAAACAUAAGAGUGAAGCUGAAGAGCUGAGAAUUCGCAUCUCUGAGAUGGAAAAGGAAACAAAUUAUCUUAAUACUGAACUUGAAGCGCAGAAAGAAGCAAACAUCAGAGCUCCUACAGCAACUAUGAAGAAUCUAGUUGAACGCCUGAAAAGCCAAGUAGCUCACAAAGAAAAGCAGCAAAAGGCUUUAAGUAAAGCUCUGCUCGCUCUAAGGGGAGAAAUGACCGCUCAUGCUGAACAGCAGAUUAUUUCUGCAGCAUCACAAAAGGAGGAAAAUUUAAACAUUCAGCAGAUUGUUGAUAGACAGACCAAAGAUUUAAAGGCACGAAUGGGAGAUUUAAAUGAGCAACUGCUAAAGCUUAAAGAGACCCUGAGAAGUAGCAAGACGAGGGAGAAUAACCUCACAGAAGACCUUGAAAAUGUAAACCAGGAGAUGCGAGGAAAGCAGAAAAUCAUUAAUAAGCUUCACAAGGAAAAAGAUGAGGCGGAUAAGGAGAACGAGGAGCUGAAGAAACGGCUGAAGCGACUCAUGAGCAGCGCGCAGAGCAAGUCAGAUCUGGAAAGUAAACAGAACCUGAUGGAUGAACUUCAGAAGAAAGUUAAAAGACUAGAAGUGGAGCUGGAGAAAAAGACUGAGGAAACUGAGCGAAAACCUGCACAUGAAGAUAAGAGCUCCAAAGAAGAGAUUAUAAGGUGGGAAGAAGGAAAGAAAUGGCAAAGUAAAAUAGAAGGAUUGCGCAGCAAGCUCAGAGAUAAAGAGAAGGAAGUGGAGACGCUGACAAAACAGCUGACCACGCUGAAGGAGCUGUACUCCAAAUCUGACCAGGAGAAAAUAGUGUUACAGAAGAGACUGAAAUCGCGUGGUGUGACUGUGGAUCAAGUGGUGGGAGUAAGAGCUGUGGAGUCUGAGAGAGAAAUUGAAGAACUCCGCAAAAAGAAUGUUGAAUUAGAAAAUGAAAUUUCUUACAUGAAAACAAAGCAGGCGUUGCCUCGAGAUUCUGUGGUGGAUGAACUGCACUUAAAAAAUCAAUAUCUGCAAGAAAAGCUUCAAGUACUGGAACGGCAGCUUUCGAGGGACAACCUAUCCAGGCCCUCUACAUCAGGGGUUGGAUCAGAGGAUCCAUCCAGUAGAGAAAUGGAACUGCAGAAGGAAAAUCUGAGACUGUCUGCUGAAAAUGUUGAGCUGCAGUUCCAAGUGGAGCAGGCCAAUAAAGACUUGCCUCGUCUAAAGGAUCAAAUAUCUAAUUUAAAAGAAAUGUGUGAACUUCUCAAAAAAGAUAAACUGGAAGCAGAACGUAAAGUUGGAAAUGUCAGAGGGUCUGGAAGAAGUGGAAAGACCAUUCCAGAACUGGAGAAGACGAUAGGGUUGAUGAAACGAGUGGUUGAAAGAGUUCAGAAAGAAAAUCUGGAGCUUAAGAAGGCCCCGGGAGUACUGACAAAUGAAAAGUUAUCCAACCUGGAACUGGAAAAUGAAAAACUUAAGUCAGAACUUGAAAAGCUACAGCUGCAUGUGGGUGGACAGCUAAGUGUGAGAUAUGAAGCAAAGACAAAAGGCAUGGAAAAAGUCAUUGCUGAAAAUGAGAGACUUCGGAAAGAGCUGAAAACGGAAACUGAAACCUCAGAAAAAUUAAGAAUCGCAAAAAGGAAUUUGGAAGUGGUCAAUGAAAAACUAUCAGCAAACUUAGAAGAAAGCAGAAGUAAACUGAGCAUUGCAGAAAGCAGAGGACCACAGCUGGAAGGAGCGGACCACAAAGCCUGGAAGUCUGUGGUAGUGAGCAAGAUGUAUGAAACAAAGAUGAAGGAGAUGGAAGCAGAACGUAUAAAGAGAAACAACAGCAUCGUUGAUCUGAAAAGACUAUUGAAGGAAGCAACCGAGCGUGAACGGAAAACUGAACAAACAAUCCAGCGCCUACAAGAUGAAAUCGACCUCCUGAAGCAUUUUCCUGAAGAUGCCAAGACCGACCAAGGCCUUUCCAGAGAAUUUCAGAUACUCAGGUUGACCAAUAACCGCUUGGAAAAUGAGAAGAUGGAGCUGGUUCACCAGCUAGAAGCGUAUAAACAACAAUUUGGGUCUGAUGAAGUUCUUGACAGUAAAUACAACAAGUUGGUGGAAGAAGUAGUGGAUCUUCAAACACACAUUAAAACUUCUGACUUGGAGAAACUACACUUACAGGAAGAGAUCAAAAAGCUAAAGAAGGAGCUUGAAAACUUUGAUCCUACAUUUUUUGAAGAGAUUGAAGAUCUUAAGUACAACUACAAUGAAGAAGUUAAAAAGAAUAUACUCCUUGAAGAAAAGCUAAAAGCCUUAUCUCAGCAGUUUGGUGUCCAUGUGGAUAUUCCCAUGCAUUGAAUUAGUUUAACGUACCUAUAAACCUAAGGAACAGUGGUUUAUUAAAGGGGUAUUUUCCUGUCUCAACCAUUCAUGGCAAAGAUCAGAAUACUCAUCAAAUGCAACAGCCUUUCCAUAAUUCCCAUAGCCGUGAAUAGUAGCUACGAAAAUACAGUUUCCUAUGGGAGUUCCUGCUCAGCUGCUUCCGUAUCGCUGGCUGCCGGUGUUCCAAUCCCAGCCAAGAAUGACUAAGAUGUGAAUACCACUUUAAAGAGAGAGUUCUGAGCAAUGCCUCAAACAAGCAGCACAAUGUGCAUCUAGCAUGUGGCACAUCUGGAUCCCCACAUUACUGUAUGAACUGGACACAUCACAGGCAUCCUAUGCCAGAGAGAAAGCAGUAUGGCAGUCACUCCACAGAAUGUUCUUAAAAUCCCAGUUUUCAAUCUUAUAGAAGACCGCAGCAUCCUGGAGUGUUUUUAUUACACUUUGCCAAAAAAACUAUCAAGCUUCAUGAAAAAAAUAAAUCAGACUUGAAGUGUCAGUAUAUAUACCACAGUACCAUUCAGUAGGUCCAUAUCUUUUCAAUUAAAGUGAGCUCUAACUGUGUACAAAGUAGGUUUGUAGUCUUAGGCCUCAUGCCUAAACACUGAUGGCGUCUGUGUGCGUUCCGCAAUUUGCGGAACAGCACAGACAGCCAUUGAUAAAACGGACAAGAAUAAGACAGGUUAUAUAUUUUUUGCGGACCACAGAACGGAGCAAUGUAUGCGGACAGCUCACGGAGUGCUGUCCGCAUCUUUUGCGGCCCCAAUGAAGUAAAUGGGCCCGCAUCCAAGCCGGACCAAAACAGCCGUGUGCAUGAGGCCUUAGUGAAAGGAAUAUGCACCAUGACAUUGUUAUUACUGAGUAAUAGAGAAGGAAUAAUUGCACUUAAUUUUUUUUAUGAAAGGUAAAACCUAAAGUUUGCUCUGCCAAAUUACAUACGGAGACUGACAUUUUUAUAUUUGAUUAAGGAUUUAGUUUAUUACACCUGUAAAUACAGAAUGUACACAUUUGUUUCUUUUCAGAUAUACAGUUGUAUGUUUUCUAGUUGUGAUUUCUUAUUUGUAUAUUUAAAUAAACUUGUCACAUUUUA